GUGCUAGGAACGAUGUCGGAAAAAUACCCGACCUAAUGCAUUUAUUCAAUUUAUUAUACGCCUUAAGGUAGCGUCAAACAGAUGCGGUAAAAAAUUUUACGAUAUGCGAUCAAUACAAACCACUGCGGUAUAGCACCGCAGUGUGUCGUAUCUCACCUGUUUGAGAGCGUUUGCUUUUUAUCGUUAUCGCAAAAAAUACGAUAUCGUAUCGCACCGGUAUUAUCGCAUCUGCUUGAGGCCACCUUUAGUAUUUCGUGUUUCCAUAUUGUUUAUUUCAGCGUGAGACGGUUACAUUAAGGAGGGCGUGGGAAAAUAUGAAGGCAGUCGCACGAAAGGCUCGGGCAGUAGAAAGGGGUAAUUUAUUUCGAACGGGCGGUGGGCCACCGGUGCCAUCAACAUCACGGCAAGUAGAAGCAAUAGUGGACAUGGUGGAAGAGGCUGCUCCCGCAAUGAUUUGCGAAAUCUCCAACAACUUUGACAGCGAUGGGGUAAUUUUGCUAAACAUGGAAAAUAGCCAAUCUAGCUCCAUUGAGUUUUUAGAUAUGAUCACGGAAGCAAAUGAGGAAUCCGACGUAAACUUCAAAGCCAUAAGCAUAAAUUAUGAAGGUGAACCAAAUGUUGCAGUACACAGUAAUGAAACUGGCCACCAACAAAAAGUGGAAAAGGAGCAAGUACGCAGACCAAGCGACUACGUUCGGCGGGAGGCAGCAUUACGGGUAAGGUACCUAGAGAAGAGAGAGAAGCUUAAGCUUGAAUUAGUCAAAACACAGUUGGAAGUUGAGCAAAUAAAAAAAAAGAGCAGCCUUGUUGGAAGAGCAAAAAAACCAAGUAUUACUACAAAAGGCUAAAAUAGAUUUUGAAGAGGCAAAAAAAAAUCGUUCAAUAAAUUAAAGACAUAG